AUGGCAGUUGAGGAUCCUACAGCUGAGCAUGGCCUGAAGCUAACAAUUGAAGACUACCCAUUUGCAAAUGAUGGUCUCAUUCUUUGGGAUGCCAUUAAGGAGUGGGUGAGUGACUAUGUGAACCACUACUAUCCAGAUCCAAAUCUUGUUGAGUCUGAUAAGGAGCUUCAAGGUUGGUGGACAGAAGUUAGAACCAAAGGCCAUGCAGACAAGAAGGAAGGGUGGCUUGAUUUGAGAACCCCAGACAAUCUAAUUCACAUUCUGACAACCAUAAUAUGGGUAACUUCUGGACAUCAUGCAGCAGUGAACUUUGGUCAGUAUAUGUAUGCUGGAUACUUCCCAAACCGGCCUACAAUCGCCCGUACCAACAUGCCAACUGGAGAUCCAUCUGAGGAAUUUUUUAAGAAACCAGAAAUGGCACUGCUGAACUGCUUCCCCUCACAGAUUCAAGCAACAAAAGUGAUGGCUGUCUUGGAUGUGUUAUCUAGUCAUUCACCUGAUGAGGAGUAUCUUGGUGCGAAACCGGAGCCAUCAUGGGCUGAAAAUCCUGUGAUAAAUGCUGCAUUCAAGCGGUUUGGUGGCAAUCUGAAGAAGCUUGAAGGAAUAAUUGAUGAGAGAAAUGCCAAAUUGAACCUGAAAAACAGAGUUGGAGCAGGAGUUGUUCCAUAUGAGCUUUUGAAGCCGUUAUCACAACCUGGAGUCACAGGAAUGGGAGUUCCUAACAGCAUCUCCAUCUAA